GGAAGGCAGAGGGACCGCGGAGCAAACAGCACGCCCGCCCGUGCAGAGCCAGCCAGCGAGCGCCAGCGGAGCCCGCGUGGAGGGAGCCACAGAUUGAUCCUGCAAGAUGAACACCCUGCUGUCCCGGGCCAACUCGCUGUUCGCCUUCACGCUGAGCGUCAUGGCGGCGCUCACCUUGGGCUGCAUCCUCACCACCGCCUUCAAAGACAGGAACGCGCCCGUGCGCCUGCACGUCUCCAGGAUCCUGCUCAAAAAAGUGGAAGACUUCACUGGACCCAGAAAAAAGAGCGACCUGGGCUUCAUCACCUUCCACAUCUCUGCGGAUCUGGAGAAGACUUUCGACUGGAACGUCAAGCAGCUCUUCCUUUAUCUGUCGGCAGAAUAUUCCACCAAAAGCAACGCCGUGAACCAGGUGGUCCUCUGGGACAAGAUCCUUCUGCGAGGCGAGAACCCCAAGCUGGACCUGAAAGACGUCAAAAGCAAGUAUUUUUUCUUUGACGAUGGACAUGGUCUCAAGGGAAACAGGAAUGUCACUCUGACUCUCUCCUGGCAAGUUAUACCGAUUGCUGGGAUCCUGCCUCUUGUGACUGGAUCUGGACGCGUGUCUGUCCCAUUUCCAGAUUCCUAUGAAAUAGCCACGACUUUUUGAAGAAAACCUUCUGCAUCGGAAAAGGGACUUCUGUGUACUUAAAGAAUAGCAUUUCUUUCAUCUUUUCCCUCAAGUCUUGCUGACUUCUCUUUUGUUUUGUUUAUUUUAAAACGUGCUGGUUUUGUUCUGGGACUGGCUGAACUCCUUAUCCCCAUGCUUCCAUGUGCCUAACAUAGAGACUGCAUUCAUUGAUCUUAGUGUAACAUUGGUUAUUACUCUUCCUUUGUAUAAGCAUUAACAUCAAAUUGUAUAGUUGGAGGGAAAGGCUAAUAGAGUUCUGGAACUUUAUUAUACAAAUGAAUCAACAAAGAAGUUCACCAGAGUAUGUUAUUAUUAGACAGUUGGAUAAUGUGGAUUGAAAAGAAUACACAGUUUUGUCAUAUUUGCUAUGUUAUUCCAUGUGACAUAUAAAAUCUGUUUGGGGAGAAUUUAAAAAUUAGAUGUGUUGGUAUUGUCACAAUAACUGUAUUUUAUUCCUGACAUUCUUUGUAGGUUCACAUUGAAUGCCAUUUUCUUAUAUCUUCUAGGGUGUGUUUGAUUAGUAGAAAAAUUGUGAUUUGUUUCUUAAAAGUCUGACGUGGAAAAUUGUUAAACACGAGUCAGAAUGAAAAUUUACUCCCAUUUCAGUAAUUUUACUGCUUUCCCUUCUUGCCAGCAAAUGUGACCAUUUAAAUAGUGACUGUCUCUUGAGGCUGUAAAUGAUUAUACCUCACUUCAAGUCUCUUAAGUAAAUCAAGUGUGUCUUACAGUGGUUUCUCUACAAAGAUUGUUGUGCAGUGUAUCUUUGUUAAAUGUUUUAAUACUGUUACUGAAGUAUGAAAAUGUUUGCAUGCUUAACACGAGAUGCAUAUGUUCUAGUAUGUUUCAUGCCUUUAAAUAAAUACUAACUACUUAAAACUC